AUGUCUGUGUCAGUCUGUUAGGUUAUGUGUCGGUACGGUUACGUUAAUAUGUAGUUGAAUUCCAAUGACUACAAGAAACUCAACUUGUUAUUUGGUGUAAUUCUCUUGGGAAUUAGCAAAAAUGGACCAUGAAAAAUUAAUAGAAUUAGUUAGAAGCUAUUCUUUUCUUUAUGACGUGAGUGAUCGAAGAUACAGUGAUGGUCAGCGCAAAGAUGAGGCGUGGAAGGAAAUAUCGAAACAACUUCGGUUUCCAAAGAAAGACUGCAAGAAAAUAUGGGCUUCACUACGAGAUGCAUACCGACGUGCCUUAAAAAAACACCUAGAGACUCCGCCAAAUAUGCUAGACAACAAACUCACAAGAAAAUGGAGGUUCGAGGACGAAAUGUCAUUUCUAAAUCCUUUUCUGAAACUUAGACCCACUGUCUGCUCUGAAGCAUCGAAUGAAAACGAAGACAGUGCAGGAGAAAAUAGCUCCGGUGAAGAAAAUCCAGGGAGGCCAGUUACCCCAUAUACAGCUCCACAAACAUACAUACUUCCGAAGGAAACACCUGUGACCCAGCAUCCAACCUCACAAAGUGGAUCUUCUCCACAAGCCACAUCGGGAUUGAAGAGAACAAGAAUCAGGCAGAAACCUUAUACAAGAUAUGCCGUCAGAGACACGUCUUCAACGUCUCUUAUGAAGCUUAUUUUGGAGAAUAAAGCGAAGACCAAUGAUAUUCAGCAAUUUUUCGAAAGCAUUGCCACGACAGUGCAAUCAUUUCCACCAAGAGAAAGGGCGCUGGCAAAAGCGAAAGUAUUCACUGUUAUAUCCGAAAUGGAGAUUGAACUGUUGAAUAGGGAUUUGUGCACUUCUUUAGAAGAUGUAGGUUCGCCUGCAUCGUAUGAAGCUCAAAAGCAGGAACCAAUGUUUGUAAAUAGUGAUUAGCGGCAAGUAGACUUUAUUGCGUCUGAAUUAAUGUACAAAAACUUUAUAAAAAUACAGUAUAUUAGGAAUGAAAAA